CACUCUUCCCGUGUACGUCUCUUGGUCGAGGCGGCGGGUCGACGUGACCGUUUCGUUCCGCGAUGACGGCACGUCAGGCGGAGGCGGAGGCUGCAUCUACGCACGUGGCGUCCUUUGACCGCCUCCGGCACGUGGAGUCGAUGGCCCAGCUGCCGUCCGGCGCCGGACGGAUCUCCCAUCUCAACGCUGUCAUCCUCGGCGAGUCACUCGCCUCCGAGGAGAACGACCUCGUCUUCCCCUCCCACGACUUCUCCCGCAAGGCCCUCGUCUCCUCCCCCGAACAGUACCGAAAAAUGUACGAGAGCUCGAUAGAGGAUCCUGCGGGGUUCUGGUCGGAGAUUGCUUCGCAGUUCUAUUGGAAUAACAAGUGGGAUCCGGAGGUCUACAGCGAGAACAUUGAUGCGAGGAAGGGGACUGUAAAGUUCGAGUGGUUCAAAGGAGGCAGUACGAACAUAAGUUAUAAUGCUUUGGAUCGGAACAUUGAGGCAGGGAAUGGUGGAAAAGUUGCUAUCUACUGGGAAGGCAAUGAACCAGGUGAUGAUGGGCAGCUGACCUAUGCAGAGCUUUUGGAGAAGGUUUGCCAGCUUGCCAAUUAUUUAAAACAUGUUGGUGUUCGGAAAGGAGAUGCCGUGGUAAUUUACCUCCCUAUGCUAGUGGAGUUGCCAAUUGCAAUGCUAGCAUGUGCGCGAAUUGGUGCAGUCCACUCGGUUGUGUUCGCUGGCUUCUCUGCGGAGGCCCUUGCACAAAGGAUUAUUGACUGCAAACCCAAAGCUGUAAUUACCUGCAAUGCUGUGAGGAGAGGUUCCAAAGCAAUUCACCUCAAAGAGAUAGUUGACAGUGCUCUAAUUGAAUCUGUCAAAAAUGGAGUCUCCGUAGGCCUCUGUUUGACUUUUGAAAACAAGUCGGCCAUGAAGAGAGAAGACAGCAAGUGGCAGGAAGGAAGAGAUGUAUGGUGGCAGGAUGUUGUCCCACAAUUUCCAAUAAAGUGCUCUGUGGAAUGGGUUGAUGCAGAAGAUCCACUAUUUCUCUUGUACACAAGUGGUAGCACUGGAAAACCAAAGGGUGUUCUACACACAACUGGGGGAUAUAUGGUGUAUUCUGCGGCAACAUUCAAGUAUGCAUUCGACUAUAAGCCAUCAGAUAUAUACUGGUGCACUGCUGACUGUGGUUGGAUAACAGGGCACAGCUAUGUUACGUAUGGCCCUCUCUUGAAUGGUGCCACUGUUGUGAUAUUUGAAGGGGCCCCAAACUAUCCCGAUUCUGGACGUUGUUGGGACAUUGUUGAUAAAUACAAGGUGACAAUAUUUUACACAGCCCCAACCCUGGUGCGUUCGCUGAUGCGUGAGAGUGAUGAGUAUGUCACUCGCUACCACCGGAAGUCUCUGCGUGUUCUUGGUAGUGUAGGCGAGCCAAUUAAUCCUAGUGCAUGGAGGUGGUUUUACAAUGUUGUUGGGGAUUCACGAUGCCCUAUAUCAGAUACCUGGUGGCAAACAGAGACUGGUGGCUUCAUGAUUACGCCUUUACCUGGUGCUUGGCCCCAGAAGCCCGGUUCUGCUACCUUUCCUUUCUUCGGAAUCGAGACAGUCAUAGUUGAUGAGAAAGGGAAUGAGAUAGAAGGUGAAUGCAGUGGAUAUCUUUGCAUCAAGAAGUCAUGGCCUGGUGCAUUCCGUACGCUUUACGGUGACCAUGAAAGAUAUGAAACCACAUAUUUUAAACCAUUUGCUGGUUAUUAUUUUUCUGGCGAUGGAUGCAGAAGAGACAAGGAUGGUUACUUUUGGCUCACUGGAAGAGUUGAUGAUGUCAUCAAUGUGAGUGGACACCGUAUUGGCACUGCAGAGGUAGAAUCUGCUCUGGUCUCGCAUCCCCAGUGUGCAGAAGCUGCCGUAGUUGGUGUUGAACAUGAGAUCAAAGGGCAGGGCAUUUAUGCUUUUGUCACUUUGGUGGAGGGCAUUCCAUUCAGUGAAGAGCUCCGGAAAAGCCUUGUUUUGGCAGUUAGAAACCAGAUUGGUGCAUUUGCUGCCCCUGACAAAAUUCACUGGGCACCCGGACUGCCAAAGACGAGAAGUGGAAAGAUCAUGAGAAGGAUUCUACGAAAAAUUGCAUCCGGGCAGCUGGACGAGCUCGGAGAUACCAGUACACUUGCUGACCCCAGUGUCGUGGACCAACUAAUCACACUCCGUGAUUGCUAGUAAAAAUAAUUGGCAUUCAUCGAUUUUCUUGAAUGUUAACACACUUAUGGUGUGAUUUUAUGUGAUCGUAUAUGUACAUGGAUAUUUUUGCUGCCCUGCCAGGAGAAUUUUUAACAGAGUAAACAAAUGUGUGGGAGCAUUGUCACUGUGGUUCCUGCUGCAAAUGUUACAGUGCUAGAGUAGUUUAGCUGUUUAUAGUUUAGCUGUUUAGCUUUGAAACUUCUGAUGAAUUAAUUAGUGAAAGGGUUAGAACUCGGGUCCUCGUGAUGUAGAUAUAGUUAUGAAAUUGGUUACCAUAUAAUCUUCAAUGGUUGUGGCA